GCGGCACCGGCCGCACCGGCCAUGGGCGCUCCGCCCGCCCGCGGGGCCGCGCUCCCGGUGCUGCUCCCGGUGCUGCUGCUGCUGCUGCCCGCACCGGGACCCGGCUCCGCCACCAGCGCCGCCACCGCCACCUGCCCGCACGGCGUAAUCCUGCCGCUGCUCCAGCCCCGCCGCGGCACCGGGGACAGCGGCGGCUCCGGCGGCACCGGGGACAGCGGCGCAGAGAGGCCCUCACCGAGCACCGACGCUUCCAGCGGCACCGGGGACAGCGGCGGCGACCGAACCUCCUCGGGCAUCGGAGGGAAUGAGAACCACGGCGGCGUCGGGACCGCACCGGGCAGCGGCGCUUCCAGCGGGGGCGGUCGCGGCGGCGGGGCCCAAGGAACCGGCGGCACCGAGAGCCCCGCGGGCGCUGAGGAUACUCAAGGCCACGGAGGCAUCUGGAGCAGCGGAGGCACCGGAGGCACUGGGAGCACUGAAGGCACUGGGGGUACUGGGGGCGCUGGGCGCACUGGGGGCACCCAAGUUCCUGGCCAGCCCAGGAGCAGCAGGGGCACCGAGCAUGCCGGCGGCACCGGGAACACCAACCCCCCCGCGGGCAGCGGCAGCAGCAGGGAUGCUGGGGACACGCAAGUGCCCGGGAGCAGCAGGGACGCUGGACGGACUGGAGAGACUGGAAAAUUCCCUAGGGACACCAGGAGAGUCCCCGGCGACGCCAGGGAUCCUGGAGGAACUGGGGAGACUGGAAAAGUGCCCAGGAGCAGCAGGAAGGUCCCCAGGAACGCCAGGGACACUGCGCCUGCCGGCGGCACCGGCGCGGUCCCUGCAGGCACCGAGAGGGAUGCUGGACAUGCCCGGGACAUUGGGAGCAUCCCUAGGGACACCAGCAACAGAGGACCUGCUGGGGACACUGGGAAUGCCCCUGGGGCCGUGAGGAGCACCGGGAAAGUCCCCAGGGACACCGGAGGAACCGGGGAGACCGGAAGGGCCCCCGGGGGUGCCAGGAACAGCAGGAAUGCUGCAGCGACUGGAGAGACCCACACAGCCCCCAGGGGCACCAGCAAAGUCCUCAAGGGCACCAGCGAAGUCCCUGGGGGCACCAGAAAAGCCCCCAGGGGCACCAGGGGUGCUGAGGAGAUGCUGGACGUUGGGCACCCCCCAGCCACUGGUGCCACCAGCAGCCUGCCGAGCCAGCAGCGCUCCCGCCGCAGCCCCAACACCGCCCCCCAGUUCCAGCCCUCCAGCUACCAGGCCUCGGUGGGGGAGAACCGCCCAGCGGGCACGGCGGUGACACAGGUGACAGCGGUGGACAUGGACGAGGGGGAGGCAGGGCAGCUGCGCUAUGCCAUGGCCGCCCUCUUCGACAGCCGCUCCGACGCCCUCUUCUCCAUGGACCCUGCCACCGGCACCGUCACCACCGCCGCGCCCCUGGACCGCGAGAGCAAGAGCACCCACGUCUUCCGGGUGACGGCCACCGACCGCGGCACGCCCCGGCGCAGCGCCAUGGCCACCUUGACGGUGACGGUGAUGGACGCCAACGACCACGACCCGGCCUUCGAGCAGGCUGAGUACCGGGAGAGCGUGCGGGAGAACCUGGAGGUGGGCUACGAGGUGCUGACGGUGCGGGCCACCGACGGCGACGCCGGCCCCAACGCCAACGUCCUCUACCGGCUCCUCAAUGGCGUAGGCGUCAACGAGGUCUUCGAGAUCGACCCGCGCUCGGGCGUCAUCCGCACCCGUGGCCCCGUGGACCGCGAGGCAGUGGAGGCCUUUGAGCUGUUGGUGGAGGCCACGGAUCAAGGGCAGGAGCCAGGCCCCCGCAGCGCCACGGCCACCGUCCGUAUCGCGGUGGAGGACGACAACGACAACGCGCCACAGUUCAGUGAGAAGCGCUACGUGGCGCAGGUGCCCGAGGAUGUGGCGCCCAACUCAGCCGUGCUGCGGGUGACAGCCACUGACCGCGACAAGGGCAGCAACGCCCUGGUGCACUACAGCAUCGUCAGCGGCAACACCCGCGGCCACUUCUACAUCGAUGCCCAGACGGGGGCCCUGGACGUGGUCAGCCCCUUGGACUAUGAGGUCACCAAGGAGUUCACCCUGAGGAUCCGGGCGCAGGACGGCGGCCGCCCGCCCCUCUCCAACAUCAGUGGCCUGGUCACCGUCCAGGUGCUGGAUGUCAAUGACAAUGCCCCCAUCUUUGUCAGCACCCCCUUCCAGGCCACCGUGCUGGAGAACGUCCCCGUGGGCUACUCUGUCAUCCACGUCCAAGCCAUCGACGCUGACUCGGGUGACAACGGGCGGUUGGUCUACACCCUGCUGGAGACUGGCGCCGGCUUCCCCUUCACCAUCAAUAACAGCACCGGGUGGAUCGUGGUGGCCUCCGAGCUGGACCGAGAGGUGGUGGACUUCUACAGCUUCGAGGUGGAGGCGCAGGACCAGGGCAGCCCUCCCAUGGCCUCCUCAGCCAGCGUCAGCGUCACCAUCCUGGACGUCAAUGACAACAGCCCUGAAUUCACGCAGCGGGAGUACAGCGCCCGCCUGAACGAGGACGCGGCGGUGGGCAGCAGCGUCCUCACCGUCUCCGCCGUCGACCGCGACGCCAACAGCGUCAUCACCUACCAGAUCUCCAGCGGCAACACCCGCAACCGCUUCGCCAUCACCAGCCAGAGCGGGGGGGGGCUCAUCUCUCUUGCCCUGCCCCUGGACUACAAGCUGGAGCGCCAAUACCUCCUCACCAUCACUGCCUCCGAUGGCACCCGCCAGGACACUGCCCAAGUGGUGGUCAAUGUCACCGACGCCAACACCCACCGGCCGGUCUUCCAGAGCUCCCACUACACCGUCAACGUCAACGAGGACCGGCCAGUGGGCACCACGGUGGUGGUGAUCAGCGCCACGGACGAGGACACGGGGGAGAACGCCCGCAUCACCUACCUGAUGGAGGACAGCAUCCCCCAGUUCCGCAUCGCCGCCGAGACGGGGGCGGUCACCACGCAGAUGGAGCUGGACUACGAGGACCAAGUGUCCUACACGCUGGCCAUCACGGCACGGGACAACGGCAUCCCCCAGAAGUCUGACACCACCUACCUGGAGAUCCUGGUGAGCGACGUCAACGACAACGCACCCCAGUUCCUCCACGACUCCUACCAGGGCUCUGUCUACGAGGACGUGGCUGCCUUCACCAGCGUCCUCCAGGUCUCUGCCACCGACCGCGACUCGGGGCUCAAUGGCCGAGUCUUCUACACCUUCCAAGGGGGCGACGAUGGGGAUGGCGACUUCAUCAUCGAGUCCACCUCCGGCAUCGUGCGCACCCUGCGCCGCCUGGACCGGGAGAACGUGCCGCUCUACACCCUGCGCGCCUUCGCCGUCGACAAGGGGGUCCCGGCCAAGAGGACGCCGGUGGAGAUCCAAGUGACGGUGCUGGACGUCAACGACAACCCUCCCGUCUUCGAGCGGGACGAGUUUGACAUCUUUGUGGAGGAGAACAGCCCCAUUGGGCUGGUGGUGGCCAGGAUCACUGCCACCGACCCCGACGAGGGCACCAACGCCCAGAUCAUGUACCAGAUCGUGGAGGGCAACAUCCCAGAGGUCUUCCAGCUGGACAUCUUCUCCGGCGAGCUCACCGCCUUGGCCGACCUGGACUACGAGACCAAGGCCGAGUACGUCAUGGUGGUCCAAGCCACCUCGGCGCCCCUGGUCAGCCGCGCCACCGUCCACGUGCGCCUGCGCGACGCCAACGACAACAGCCCCCAGCUGAAGAACUUCGAGAUCCUCUUCAACAACUACAUCACCAACCGCUCCGGCAGCUUCCCCGGGGGCGUCAUCGGCCGCAUCCCCGCCCACGACCCCGACGUCUCCGACAGCCUCACCUACGCCUUCGAGCAGGGCAACGAACUCAACCUGGUGCUGCUGGACCCCCGCAGCGGGGACCUGCGCCUCAGCCCCGCCCUGGACAACAACCGCCCGCUGGAGGCCGUCAUGAGGGUCUCCGUCUCAGACGGGGUGCACAGUGCGACGGCGCAGUGCACGCUGCGGGUGACAGUGAUCACGGACGAGAUGCUGAGCAACAGCAUCACCUUGCGCCUGGCCGACAUGUCCCAGGAGCGCUUCCUCUCGCCGCUCCUCAGCCGCUUCCUGGAGGCGGUUGCCACCGUCCUGGCCACCCCUCGCCACCGCGUCGUCCUCUUCAACAUCCAGACGGACACCGACGUGGGGACGGCCGCCCGCAUCCUCAACGUCAGCCUGUCGGUGCUGCUGCCCUCCUCGGGGCACGGCGCCCGCUUCUUCUCCUCCGAGGAGCUGCAGGAGAGGCUCUACCUUAACCGCUCCCUGCUGGCCACCAUCUCUGCCCAGCGCGUCCUGCCCUUCGACGACAACAUUUGCCUGCGGGAGCCGUGCGAGAACUACCUGCGCUGCGUCUCGGUGCUGCAGUUCGACAGCUCCGCUCCCUUCCUGGCCUCCGACACCAUCCUCUUCCGCCCCAUCCACCCUGUCACCGGCCUGCGCUGCCGCUGCCCGCCCGGCUUCACCGGCGACUACUGCGAGACCGAGAUCGACCUCUGCUACUCCAGCCCCUGCGGCAGCCACGGCCACUGCCGCAGCCGCGAGGGAGGCUACACCUGCGAGUGCCACGAGGACUUCACCGGCGAACACUGCGAGCUGAGUGCCAGGGGAGGUCGCUGUGCCCCAGGGGUUUGCCGCAACGGCGGCACCUGCCUGAACCUGCUGGUGGGGGGGUUCCGGUGCCAGUGCCCGCCCGGGCACUACGAGAAGCCUUUCUGCACCAUGAGCACGCGCAGCUUCCCCCCCCACUCCUUCCUCACCUUCCGCGGCCUGCGCCAGCGCUUCCACUUCACCCUCGCCCUGACGUUUGCCACCAAGGAGCGGGAUGGGCUCCUGCUCUACAAUGGGCGCUUCAACGAGCGGCACGACUUCGUGGCACUGGAGAUCGUGGGCGAGCAGGUCCAGCUCACCUUCUCGGCAGGUGAGACCACCACCACAGUGUCCCCCUUUGUGCCCGGUGGCGUCAGCGAUGGGCAGUGGCACCGUGUCCAGCUUCACUACUACAACAAGCCGGUGCUGGGGCGCUCGGGGCUGCCCCAGGGCCCCUCGGAGCAGAAGGUGGCAGUGGUGACCGUGGACGACUGCGACACGGCCAUGGCGCUGCGCUUCGGUGCCCACCUGGGCAACUACUCCUGCGCCGCGCAGGGCACCCAGUCCGGCAGCAAGAAGUCGCUGGACCUGACGGGGCCGCUGCUGCUGGGGGGGGUCCCGACCCUGCCCGAGAGCUUCCCGAUCCGCAGCCGCCACUUCGUGGGCUGCAUGCGGCACCUGCGCAUCGACCAGCGCCCGCUCGACAUGGCCGCGUUCAUCGCCAACAACGGCACCGUGCCCGGCUGCCCUGCCAAGAAGACCCUGUGUGAUGCCAACACAUGUCACAACGGUGGCACCUGUGUGCACGAGUGGGACACCUUCAGCUGCCGCUGCCCGCUGGGCUUCGGGGGCAAGACCUGCCAGGAAGAGAUGGCAAACCCACAGCGGUUCCUGGGCAGCAGCAGGGUGUCCUGGAGCGGGUUGGCACUGCCCAUCACCCUGCCCUGGCACCUGGGGCUCAUGUUCCGCACUCGCCACCCCCGGGGGCUGCUGCUGAGGGCCAGCGCGGGGCCCCGUGCCACCCUCACCCUGCAGCUGAGUGAGGGGCAGGCAGAGGCUGGCAUCUGGCAGGGGGGGUCCCGCCUGGCAUGGCUGCGGCUGCCCAACGCCAAGGUCAACGACGGCGACUGGCACCACCUUCAGCUGGAGCUGCGGGGGGCACCCGGCCGUGCCCCCCCUGCCACCCUCCUCCUCCUUGCCCUCGACUACGGCCGCCACCAGGCGGUGGCAGACCUGGCCGGGGAGCUGCAGGGGCUGCGGCUGCGGGCACUGAGCGUGGGGGGGGUGGCAGGCGACGGUGGCACCGUGGAGCAGGGGUUCCGGGGGUGCCUGCAGGGCGUGAGCGUGGGCGAGCCGGCAGGCGGCGCCGUGGCACUGAGCGUGGCACAGGCAGCACAGGUGAACGUGGAGGGAGGCUGUGCCCUGCCCGACCCCUGCGACUCGGGGCCGUGCCCACCCCACAGCUACUGCAGUGACGACUGGGACAGCUUCUCCUGCCGCUGCCACCCUGGUUACUUCGGUGACAGCUGUGUCAAUGCCUGUGCUCUCAACCCCUGCCAGUCCCCUGCCACCUGUGCCCGCAAGCCAGGCACAGCACAUGGGUACACCUGCGAGUGCCCCCAGGGGCACUUCGGGCCCUACUGCGAGCACAAGGAGGCACAGCCGUGCCCGCGGGGCUGGUGGGGCCACCCCACCUGCGGCCCCUGCAGCUGCGACGUCACCAAAGGCUUCGACCCUGACUGCAACAAGACGACAGGAGAGUGCCGCUGCAAGGAGAACCACUACCGCCCGGUGGGCAGCGAGUGGUGCCUGCCCUGCGAGUGCUACCCCACCGGCUCCCUGUCGCGCCGCUGCGAUGCCACCAGUGGGCAGUGCCCCUGCAAGGGUGGCGUCAUCGGGCGCCACUGCGACCGCUGCGACAACCCCUUCGCCGAGGUGACUGCCAGCGGCUGCGAAGUCAACUAUGACAGCUGCCCCCGUGCCAUCGAGGCCAGCAUCUGGUGGCCACGUACCCGCUUCGGGCUGCCAGCCGCUGCCCCCUGCCCCAGGGGCUCUGUCGGCACGGCCGUGCGGCACUGUGACGAGCACAAGGGCUGGCUGCCGCCCAACCUCUUCAACUGCAGCUCCCUGGCAUUUGCUGCCCUGCGCGCCUGGGCGGAGCGGCUGUCGCGGAACGAGUCCCGGCUGGACGUGGCACAGUCCCGGCGGGUGGCACUGCAGCUGCGGGAGGCCACCAGGCACACCCCAGCCUACUUCGGCAGCGACCUGCGGCUGGCAUACGGCCUGGCAACGCGGCUGCUGCGCCACGAGAGUGCCCAGCGCGGCUUCCGCCUGGCUGCCACCCAGGAUGCCCACUUCACAGAGAACCUGCUGCGGGUGGGCAGUGCCCUGCUGGACACCAGCAACAAGCGGCACUGGGAGCUGAUCCAGCAGACGGAGGGGGGCACAGCCUGGCUGCUCAAGCACUUCGAGGACUAUGCCAGUGCCCUGGCACAGAACAUGCCCCAGACCUACCUCAGCCCCUUCACCAUCGUCACCCCCAACAUCGUGGUGUCGGUGGUGCGGCUGGACAAGGGCAGCUUGGCAGGUGCCAGGCUGCCACGCUACGAGGCACUGCGGGGGGAGAAGCCUCCGGACCUGGAGACCACUGUGAUCCUGCCCGACAGCGUCUUCCGGGCACCCGAGGGCAGGCAUCCCUCGGCUGGGCACGGGCAGCCACCUCAGGGCACAGGUGGGCAGGAGGAGGAGGCUGAAGAGGCGGAGGAGGAGGAGGAGGAGGAGGUGGCGCUGGUGACCCGGCAGAAGCGGCACCCGGCGCUGGGCGAGGGCCAGGCCAUCGCCAGCCUCAUCAUCUACCGCACCCUGGCAGGGCUCCUGCCGCAGCACUACGACAGCGACAAGCGCAGCCUCAGGGUGCCCAAGCGCCCUGUCAUCAACACCCCGGUGGUGAGCAUCAGCGUGCACGCGGCGGGGGCAGGGGCACUGCGGGCACCGCUGCCCAAACCAAUCACCCUCCAGUUCCGGCUGCUGGAGACGCAGGAACGCUCCAAACCCAUCUGCGUCUUCUGGAACCACUCCCUGCUGGCGGGCGGCGCGGGCGGCUGGUCGGCGAGGGGCUGCGAAGUCGCCUUCCGCAACCGGAGCCAUGUCAGCUGCCAGUGCCACCACCUCACCAGCUUCGCCGUACUCAUGGACAUCUCCCGCCGCGAGAAUGGAGAGAUCCUGCCCCUGGCAGCCCUGACCUACGCCUCGCUGGGCGUGGGGCUGGCAGGGCUGCUCCUGGCCGUGCUGGCCCUGGGGGGGCCCCGUGGCCCCCGUUCCAACCGCCAUGGCAUCCGCCGCCACGCUGCCACUGCCCUGCUGCUGGCACAGCUCGUCUUUCUGCUGGGCAUCAACCAGGCUGACCUGCCGCUGGCGUGCACGGUGGUGGCCAUCCUGCUGCAGUUCCUGUACCUGAGCGCCGUGGGCUGGGCGCUGCUGGAGGGGCUGCAUCUGUACCGGCGUCGCAGCGAGCCCCGCCACGUGGACCGCGGCCCCAUGCGCUUCUACCACGUGCUGGGCUGGGGGCUGCCUGCCUUCAUCACCGGGCUGGCGGUGGGGCUGGACCCCGAGGGCUACGGGAACCCUGACUUCUGCUGGCUCUCCAUCCACGACUCGCUGGUCUGGAGCCUAGCCGGGCCCAUCGCCGCCGCCGUCGCUAUUGGCAUCCUCUUCCUCGUGCUGGCCGCCAGGGCCACCUGUGCCACCCCGCAGGGCUUCGAGAAGAAGGGCACGGCCUCCGGGCUGCGGACGGCCGCGGCGGUGCUGGCCCUGCCCAGCCUCUCCUGGCUGCUGGCGCUGCUGGCGGUCAACAGCGAUGCGCUGCUGCUGCACUACCUGUUCGCCGUCUCCAACUGCCUGCAGGGUCCUCUCAUCUUCCUCUUCUGCGUGGUGCUGAGCAAGGAGGUGCGGAGGAGCCUGCGGCUCAGCUGUGCCCGCACCCGCGGGCCCGAUCCUGCGCUGGCCACCAAGUCCACCCUGACCCCUGCCUAUGGCUGCGACAGCACCUAUGUGGCAGGGAGGCUGUACCCAGCACCCUUGGGUGGCUCCACUGGCUCCCUGCCCAGCACUGGCAAGAGCCACCACAGCUACAUCCCCUUUGUGCGGAGGGAGGACUCGGGGCUGGCAGGCAGCCCUGGGCAGCGGGCACUGGCCGAGGCUGGAGGACUCUUCCUCGACGCCCAGGACCAGCCUGAGGGUAGGAGCCUCACAGAUGCAAGGAGCUUGCCCGGGCUCAGCCCGGGGAGGGGUGCGGGAGGCGGGCAGAGGUGUCGCUGGGCACCCCCCGACCCAGCUGCGUGCCCCCCAGAGCACGACUCGGACUCGGACAGUGACCUGUCGCUGGAGGAGGAGCACAGCUCCUUCGGCUCCAGCCCCUCCUCCGACAGCGCCGACGAGGCCGCCCCCGACGCCUGGGACCCCCUGCCCGCGCCCCCCCUGCCUUCCGCCCCCGGCGACAUCUCGGUGGCUCCAGGGCGCCCCUACUGGCCAGGGGAGUUCGUGACAACGGCGAGCGACAGCGAGGGCCCAGGGGGCACCGAGCUGCUGCGUGUGGAGGGACCCCCCCGGGGAGACCCCCCCCGGCCCAACGGCGAGACCCUGCCCCCGCUGCUGCCCCUGCCCCACCCCCACAAAGGCAUCCUGAAGAAGAAGUCCCUGCCCCCCAUCAGCGAGCGGGGCAGCACCCAGCGCCCCGGUGCCCCCCCCGGCUCCCCUGGCAGUGAGGGCAGCAGGGCGGGGGGGGUGCCCGCGGCAGCCCCGGGGGGCGCUGUUGCCCCCCGGCCCCGGCAGAGCCUGCGGGAGCAGCUGCGGGGGGUGACGCCCAUCGCCAUGAGCAUCCGGGCGGGCACCGCCGACGAGGACUCCUCCGGCUCCGAAUUUCUGUUUUUUAAUUUCCUCCAUUAACCCGCGGGGGCCCCCCCGUGCCCCCUCCCGUGCCCGCCCUCAUGUGCCCUCCCAUGCCCCCCACGCCACUCCAUACCCCUCCCGUAUCUCCUCCAUGCCCCCCUCAUGCACCCGCCAUGCCCCCCCUAAACCUCCCCAUGCUCCCCCAUACCCCCCCUGUGCCCUCCCAUACCCCCCCCUUGUGCCCACUCAUGCCCCCCCAUGCCCCUCCAUGGCCCCACAUGCACCUCCCAUGCCCUCUCCAUGCCCACCCCGUACCCGCCAUGUCCCUCCCAAGCCCGUCCCAUGCCCCCCAUGUGCCCCCCACACCCUUCCACACCCCCUCCAUGCCCCCACACCUGCCCCUUGCCCGGGCUCUCGCUGGGUGCUGGGCAGGGCAUCCUGGCACCCAGCCUGGCCCCGAUCAUACAUUUGUCUGUCUUGGUUUUUUUACCCCCCCCGUGCCCACCUCCACCCCUGUCUGUCCGUACAUGUACCCCCCCUCUCCGUGCCCCCCCAGGAGCGACGAGACCUCCAUCUAACUGGCACCCAGCUUGGCACCCACCGCCCUGGCAACACUGCGAUGGGAGGGUGGCACCGAGAGGGGGGAGGAGGGGGUGGAGGGGGGAAGGGCACAGAGCCCCAAACCCCUCUCCUCCUCUCCCCCCCCCCCCCCCCGCAUUGCACUUUGGAUGCUGGCAGGGAUUUGCCCUCCCCUUGCCUCUAAAGUUGGCACCCUGGAGGGGGGGCCGUGGUGGUGGCACAGGGUGCGCCCCCCCCAGUGCCAUGCCCCUCCCAGUGCCAUGCCACUUCUACUGCCCUGCCCUCCACCACUGCCAUACCCCCCCCCAGUGCCCUGCCCCUCAGUGCCAUGCCCCCCCCGCGCCAUGCCCCCCCCCGCGCCAUGCCCCCCCAGUGCCAACCUGUGCUUGCUGAGGAGUUUAUUUAAAAAAGACACGUAGAAGACACACAGCAGAGGGGAGCUUCCCCCCCCCGCCCCCCUGCCCCCCCCCACAUUGUGCCACCCCCCCGGCGGGGGCAGGGAGGGGCACACAUGCUGAUGGGGGGGGGGGGUCGUUUGGCGCAGAGAUGUUUGCUCCUCCCCCCCCCCCGACCCAGUACUUUGCCCACCCGCAGGGGGGAGGUUAUUAUGGGGGGGGCUGGGCGGGGGGGGCAUGAGGGACCCCUGGGUGCUGGGUUUGGGGGGGGUCUCGGGGGGGGUUUCCUAUUGCUGCAGGAACCUUUUGUAAUGAAAGCCAAACCCAA